AUGACGUCGAAUGCACCAAAAAGAGAAGAAAAUCAGGGAUUUGAAGGCAAAAUUCGCACAGAGGAGGACCUUUCCAGCAGCAACGAACGGGCUCCUUUGGAACGAAGAUGGAACGAUGGGGUUGGGUUCGACUUGGGUCUUCUUCCCAGCCGCUGGAGAUGGGUGAUUCCUACCCGAUUGCACUUUCUUCCUUGGUCUGGCUUCGUGGAAGGGCAAGAGAGAACGCAAGAAAAAUAG